AUGGCCAUUAAUUUGCUCCCGGAGUCUAGCAUGGAUGGUACUACGUUGCGCGCCGCCAUCUUGGUCACCGUCCUCCUCCUGGCGCCACUGUUGGCACUGAUGCAUCGACGAAGCGGCAGCCCUCGCCGUAAACUGCCGCCGGGACCCGUCCCUCUCCCCGUGGCCGGCCACCUGCACCUCUUCAAGAAGCCGCUGCACCGCACCCUCGCGCGCCUCGCCGCUCGCCACGGCGUCGUGCUCGGCCUCCGUUUCGGCUCCCGCAGCGUGCUCGUCGUGUCCUCGGCCCAGGCCGCCGAGGAGUGCCUCGGCGCGCAGGACGUCGCGUUCGCCAACAGGCCGCAGCUGCCGUCCGGUGGGAUCCUCUCCUAUGACUGGUCCACCAUGGGCACCACCAACUACGGGCCAUACUGGCGCCACGUCCGCCGCAUCGCCGUGACCGAGAUCAUGGCCGCGCACCGGGUGGACCACUUCGCAGACGUGCACGUGCGCGAGGCGCGCGCCAUGGCGCGGGGCCUCUUCCACGCGGCUCGUGGCGCCAUGGGGCAGCGGGCCCGCGUCGAGCUCAAGUCGCGCCUAUUCGAGCUGCUCUUGAACACCAUGAUGGGCAUGAUCUGCGAGAAAAGCCACCACGGCGCCGGUAGCGUGACCAUCGACGCGGGGGUGAGAGAGGAGGCGCGGUGGUUCAGGGAGAUGGUGGAGGCGGCGAUGACACUGAGCGGCGCGUCGACGGUGUGGGACUUCCUGCCGGCGGCGCUGCGGUGCCGGUGGCUGGACGUGGGCGGGGUGGGGCGGCGGCUGUGGCGGCUGCGGGAGAGCCGGACCAAGUUCCUGCAGGGGCUGAUCGACGAGCAGCGGAAGGAGAUGGAGAAGGGGGAGGAGGGACGGAGGAGGAAGAUGAUCGGGGCGCUGCUCUCCAUGCAGCACAAGGACCCCGAGGCGUGCCCGGACCAGCUCAUCCGCUCCUUGUGCAUAAGCUCCUUCGAAGCCGGGACGGUCACGUCGGCGGACACCAUCGAGUGGGCGAUGUCGCUCCUGCUAAACAAUCCCGAGGUGAUGCUGAGAGCGCGCGAGCAGAUGGACGCGUGCAUUGGAGAACCACUGCGGCUGCUCGAGGCGACCGAUCUCCUGAACCUGCCGUACCUCCGAUGCAUCAUCAUGGAGACCCUCCGGCUGUACCCGCCGGCGCCGCUUCUCGUCCCCCACGAGUCAUCCGCCGACUGCACCGUCGGGGGGUUCUACAUUCCCCACGGGACGAUGCUCCUCGUCAACGCGUUUGCCAUCCACAGGGAUCCUCAGCUCUGGCAUGAACCAGCAAGCUUCGUUCCCGAGAGGUUUGAGGAUGGGAGAAAUGGAGAUAAGAUGGUGAUCCCAUUUGGCAUGGGUAGACGACGAUGCCCGGCCGAGCAAUUGGGCAUGCAAAUGGUUGGCCUUGCUCUUGGGACGAUGAUUCAGUGCUUCGACUGGGAGAGGGUGGAACAAGACCUUGUUGACAUGACUGAGGGGUCUGGUCAAACCAUGCCAAAGCACUUACCUUUGGAGGCUUUCUAUCAGCCUCGAGCUUCAAUGGCUCUUCAUCUUCCCAGGAUAGAAUAA